UAAGAUUGUUCAUCGUUUACUCACCCGUAGUAUAAUGAUACAAUCCUAUAUUGUUUUGUAUGGGUCGUUGGUAACAGCAACUAACAAAUCUCUCUCCUUCACGGGAAGCCAUGCACGAGUACUAAUCCGACAACAAGCACCAACACCAAAAACAGCGAGGUGGCCAAGUGCCCCUUCCUCUGGAUCCAUCCCACCAUCACCUCCACACCUCUCUCUCUCUCUCUUUCUCUCCCCGUGUGUGCUCUUCUGCAUGAGCUUGUCAGAGAGUGGUAGCUAGAGAGAGUGAGUCGCAGAGCAAGAAGAAGAGAUCAGAACGGAGGAGCAAGGAAGGAGAAGAGCAAGUGAGCAACCAGCUUCCAUUCCAAUGUGCUGUUACGUGGGCAAGGCCACCAAGAUCUUCCUGUGCCUCGUCUCGGCGCUCCUCGUCGCGGGCCUCGUCCUCGGCUUCGGGCUGGCCCGCCGCACGUGGGGCGCCCGGAGUGCCCAGCCCGCGUGCCGGUGGCCCGACUGCCAGCAGCCUGACGAGCCCGUGUUCGGCGACCCGCUCCUCCCGGCUACCGGGAACGCCGCCACCACGCCGCCCAACCCGCUGACCCAGCCGGCCGUGGCCGCGUUCCCCGGGGCCGCUUCUUCUUCCGCUGCCGCGCCGCCUGCAAGCAUGCCGUCCUUUGGGCCGCCUGGCCCGCUCUCGGUGGGCCUCGGCCCAGCGGCUCAUGCAUGAGGCGAAGAGUCAGUUUCUUUUCUUGUCUUUUCCUUUUCCUUUUCUUUUUGCUGGGAGCCAGAGUUGGUUUUUGGUUUGAAUCUCUCUAAAAUUAAAAAUGCGCUGUGCAUUAUUUUCAACUAGCUAACUGCCCGUGCCUUUAAACUAAGUAUAGAGAUGUUAAUAUGUCAUAAAGUGUUGUUAAAUAAAUACGUUGAGAGUAAUACUUAGUUUGAUCUCGGAUACAAUUAAAAAUAACGAAGAGAUUAUUCACUAAUUUUUUUAAUUAUUUUUUAUUUUUAUUAAUAAAAGGAGUAUCAUAUCUAUAGUCGGUAAGGGAAGAAGAGGCUAAAGAAAUAUAAUGAUAAUAAAAAUAGAUAAAUUAUUUAAAUUUAAAAGAUUUUUAUUAGAUAAAAGUGAGUAGAGAGAAGAUAUGACACAUAAAAGUCGUGUUUUAUACCGUUCAGAUAUAUCGUUGCUAGGUGAGGUCUGACUCGUUCGGCUGUACAACUUGGUAAAUUACUGUGAACGUGCCUUCAGCACGAUGGUAAGGCGCCGGCGUUGUGCCGAACCCAGCCAGGCUUCAAGUCCGGCUGUCGCACGGGAGUUCUGAUUUAUUUCAGAUUUCUCCAGCUUCUUCAGCGUGGUGCUACAGAAAGGAUUACGACGUGCUCGUCGUCUACGGGAUUCUUGAUAGGUCCUGGUGAUCUUUGGAUGAACGCUUUCUUCAAGCUGUGUGUAGUUGUAGGGCUAGCAUGUGCGUGCGUUAGGUGU